AUGGUCAUCGUUCGCUCGUUGCAAUCAGGAGCGAUUUCCUUCGACGGAGCGGAGGGUGUCGCGGACAUCGACGCGGCUGUCUUGACCAUCAACGGACUUACUUCGUUCACAGGAAAUGGAGCGACAAACAGCAGCGGAGGGGCCCUUCACGUGCAAAGCUCACUUCUCACGAUUGCUGGCAAUGCAACGUUUCAGUUUAACAUUGCGGGCAUCGAUGGAGGUGCGGUGCAUACUACUCAGUGCCCGGAGGUUGGAGUGCAAGGCCGGGCGGUUUUCGAGUCCAAUAGAGUGGCUGGUUCGGGUGGGGCCUUCUAUGGUGGGAGCUGCGACAAAGUGACACUAGACAACGCUGUGUUUCGAUCGAAUGAUGCUACUUGGGGAGCAUCGUCAGGAGGGGCUUUGGCGCAUUCGUCAGUGCUCCUGACGCUUUCGGGCAGUACCUUCAAGUCCAACAUGGCCGGAGAGGAAGGCUAUGCCGUCAUGAGUCUGGGACCACUUCGCUCCAUGGAUGGUCUCACCUUCGCUGAGAACGUGCAGCAUUGUGGUGUUGGAACUUAUGGCUACGACAAUACUGAGCUCGUGGGAGGUGCGGGCGAAGGACCGGCCCUGGGCAGGAUUCAAGAGGGCCUUCGGCAGGAGGCACGCGCAUGGACGUGUGCGGGCUGA